AGGGUGGGAGCCAGCAGGAAGAGACCCCACUGCCAGCCCAUCUGGGCCCUGCGUCCUCCACCAGCCCCGCUCCCGUGUGCCCGGCGGGCAGGUAUGGGGGAGCAACCCGCCUGGCACAACCCCCAGUUCCCGGAGGGAGGGGGAGAACCAAGGCGGGGACAUGCCCACCCCACCAGUCACAUCUCUCUCGGUGUCUCUCCUCUCUGCCCAGCUUGCUCUAACAGUGGAUUGAAGCGCACCGGUGGUGGUGCCGCAGCCAGCGCGACGGAGAGCAGGCAGGCGAGGGACCCCACGGCGGGAAGCUGGCACCAUGCUUCAGCCUCCAGGGAUGGCCGAUAAGUGCAAUGAGGGGCUGCUGAACGGUGCUGUGCCUGGGGAGCAGGGCAAACAGGACAAGAGCGUCAAGCGUGGCAACUGGGGCAACCAGAUCGAGUUCGUGCUGACCAGCGUGGGCUACGCCGUGGGGCUGGGCAACGUCUGGCGCUUCCCAUACCUCUGCUAUCGCAAUGGGGGAGGUGCCUUCAUGUUCCCCUACUUCAUCAUGCUGGUGUUUUGCGGCAUCCCCCUCUUCUUCAUGGAGCUCUCCUUCGGGCAGUUUGCAAGCCAGGGCUGCCUCGGCGUCUGGAGGGUCAGCCCCAUGUUCAAAGGCGUGGGCUACGGGAUGAUGGUGGUGUCCACGUACAUCGGGAUCUACUACAACGUGGUGAUCUGUAUUGCCUUCUACUACUUCUUUGUGUCCAUGACGCGCGUGCUGCCCUGGACGUACUGCAGCAACGCCUGGAACACGCCCGACUGCGUGGGGGUGCUGGACAGGAACCUCUCCAGCCGCGCCGCCCUCAACCUCACCCCUGCGUGGGGCGGGCUCAUCACCAUGGCCUCCUACAACAAGUUUCACAACAACUGCUACCGGGACAGCAUCAUCAUCAGCAUCACCAACUGCGCCACCAGUGUCUACGCCGGCUUCGUCAUCUUCUCCAUCCUGGGCUUCAUGGCCAACCACCUGGGUGUGGACAUCUCCAAGGUGGCCGACCACGGCCCCGGCUUGGCCUUUGUCGCUUACCCCGAGGCCCUCACCUUGCUCCCCAUCUCGCCUCUCUGGUCCAUCCUCUUCUUCUUCAUGCUCAUCCUCCUGGGGCUAGGUACACAGUUCUGCCUGCUGGAGACGCUGGUCACGGCCAUCGUGGAUGAGGUGGGCAAUGAGUGGAUCAUCCGCAGAAAGACCUUCGUGACACUGGGGGUGGCUGUGGCGGGCUUCCUGCUGGGCAUCCCACUCACCACGCAGGCGGGCAUCUAUUGGCUCCUGCUGAUGGACAACUACGCUGCCAGCUUCUCCCUGGUCAUCAUCUCCUGUAUCAUGUGCGUUGCCAUCAUGUACAUCUACGGGCACCGCAACUACUUCAAGGACAUUGAAAUGAUGCUGGGCUUCCCACCCCCGUUCUUCUUCCAGAUCUGCUGGCGCUUCAUCUCGCCCACCAUCAUCUUUUUCAUCCUGGUCUUCACAGUGAUCCAAUACCGGCCUAUCUCCUACAAUGACUACGUCUACCCUACUUGGGCCAUCAGCAUCGGCUUCCUCAUGGCACUCUCCUCCGUCAUCUGCAUCCCCAUCUACGCCAUCUACAAAGUGUGCUGCUCCGAGGGGGACACGCUGCUGGAGCGCUUGAAAAAUGCUACCAAGGCGAGCAAGGACUGGGGUCCGGCGUUGGUGGAGCACCGCAGCGGGCGCUACGCCCCGGCGUUCAGCCCCUCCACUGAGUCCCACCUGGAGGUGCAGCCCCUGCAGCCGGAGAAGGGCCGGAGCGAGGCAGUGGCUGGCCCCCCCGUGCAGGGCAUCAACGGCUCAGCCCCCCUGCAGCGCCACAGCACCGGGCAACCAUCUGUGAACUCUUCUCUCUCACAGGGGAGGCAAGAGGUGUGAGGCUAUGCCCUGACUGACCAUCGUAUGCUGCUCUAUCACCAUCCCACCAAGGUCCAUGCGUCUCCCCAGGAGCCUGUCAACACCAGAAGCUGCAGCUGCCCCCCAGCACUCCCCUUUCCAAGGCUGUGGAGGUUCAAGAUGUGCCUGCUGUCCUCAGUGUUUCCCCCAAGGUUAGUCAUUUCCAGAGAAAUUUGUACUCCAACAUAGGCAGGAGCUGCCAAAGCACAACCUUGAGAAACCCAGAAAAGCCCUUCCUUUCCAGGGAGGGAUACAAGGGCAGCUCACCCUGCUGUACCCUGAGUGCUCCUCUCCCAUGCCGAAUCACAGCCAGGAGUCACACCCAGCAGCCCCAUGAAGCUGGAGCAGACACAGAGGUGCUUGCACUGAAACCCUGCCUUGCUCUGAGUUCACGAGCAGGAAACACGGCUGCAGACCAGAAGAGACACUUGCUCUUUGUGUGACUUGCAGCGCGCAGCUGGAAAAGAGACACCUGGCCCUAAGGAACAGAUAUCACAGGCAGCAUGGCACUGUCUGUUCUGCACCAGAUAAAGAGGGUCUUUAGCAUUGCUGACUAGAGCCAGCGGCUGUAUGAUGCUGAUCCCGUGUAUGGCUGGAAAAGAGGAAACAGGACACUUCUGAAAUGCUUAAAAGCAGCAAAGAGGCUACUGCCAUGUGUCCCGCCACUCCCAUCCCUCUGGAGUCACAGCAAGCCAGCAGUGUGCCCAUAGCAGCACAGGGGCAGGACCCAUGUGCCUCAGGUUGGCGAAGCCCCUCCCUGCCUACAGCCAAGACCUGAGGACAACUCAUACCAUGGGAGAGCCUUAGUGCUGCAGUGUAGGGAGACCUGCCAGCCUCACAGCAGGGAUGUCCACAUCAUCCCCAUGUGCUAAACUCCUCUGUAUGCAACUUGGGGCUCAUGCACUGGCAGGACAUGCAAGCACUGCCAGGCAAGCAAGUCUCAAGACAGGAAGCGGUAAGGCUGGUCACUCCUCCCACCCACAGAAUCGUGGCACCCCCCUCCCCUGCAGGGACACACACAAACGAGGAACGGUGGCAUCACAGCCAGGGAACAUGGGGGGAGGCUGCACCCAAGUCCACACAGCUGGCGACCUUCAGGGAUGAUAUUUACGGUGCUGGGCCCAGCCAGUCUGGGACUUGUGUUUUGGCUUCAAUGCUUGGCUCCCAGAGCAGGAACCAAACUCAGCCAGCUUCAGCUGCCCCCACUCCCCAGGAGUGGUCAAAGAGAGCUACAUCCAGCUCAGGGCAGAUCCUCAGGGCACUUUCCAUCUCUUCAAGAGCAGAUGUAGCCUUGGAUUCAUAUACAAAAGAAACAGGGUGAAGGACGCUUUCCUGUAAGCUCUGGUUCCCAGCCCUGAAGCCAGAAGGGCAGAAAAGAGCCAGGGCAGCAGGACUGAGGCACCAAAGCAGGGCUUAGGAGGGAAAGCACAAAGAGGCACUACAACACUGCGCACAGCAAGACCGCUUCCUGCUCAGUCCUUCCCUGAAAAGGGAUUGCAACAGGGCAGGGGAAGUUAAAAGCAUCUGGGCUCAGCUCGUCAACAUUUUCCAACAGGCUCAAAUUCGCAGUGUGUGCCGGUGUGAGCUGUAUGAUUCAGAGUGCCCAGGAAGCCAGCCCUGGGCCCAGCACUGGGUUCACCAGGCCCUGGAAACACGAGGGAGUGAGACACCCUCAGCUUCUGACUCGGCCUCCCUCCUCACCCAAACACUGAGGCAGGAACCAAGGUCUCCCCAGCCUCUGCCUAGCUUGUGGUCACUUCACUCCAUGCUGAAAGAGGAAGUAACCAGCAACUGCAGCACAAGAUCUUCCUUUUGAAGUCAUCCCCUUCCCAGGAAGCAUUAAAUGCACCCUCAGUGCCGCUAAGCCCAACACCACCGGCAGCAGAGCCUAGGCUGCCACAAGCUGCAACACAGCCACACACUUUGCAGUUGUCCAGACAAACGUGCACAUUUCCUUGUGCUGCCACAGCUUGGCAAAGAGGGAGGGCAAUCUCUGCUGUCCAGGAGACCACAGCUAUCACAGCCUGAAAAACCAGGCACCUGCCUUUACCUCCCCUGAUCCCCAAAUCCAAACACAAGCCUUGACUGCCACCAGCACCCUUCUGCUCUCACACACACAAUGUGGAUCGACUGGACAGGCUCAGAGUGCCGAAAGCUGCGCAUCCAACAGCGGCUGACAGAUCCAUGGAGCUCCUGCGGGUCCGAGCCCUCC